CUGGGCUCACCGUGGCGCCGGAUGGAUGCGUCCGAUCGGGGCCAGCUGCUGAACCGCCUGGCUGAUCUGAUUGAGCGGGACCGGACCUACUUGGCGGCUUUGGAGACUCUGGACAAUGGCAAACCCUAUGUCAUCUCCUACCUGGUGGAUUUGAACAUGGUCAUCAAAUGUCUCCGGUAUCAUGCAGGCUGGGCCGAUAAGUACCAUGGAAAAACCAUUCCCAUUGACGGGGACUUCUUCAGCUAUACCCGCCACGAGCCCGUGGGGGUGUGUGGGCAGAUCAUCCCGUGGAACUUCCCGCUCCUGAUGCAAGCGUGGAAACUGGGCCCGGCCUUGGCAACCGGCAACGUGGUUGUGAUGAAAGUAGCUGAGCAGACCCCACUCACUGCCCUCUAUGUGGCCAACUUGAUUAAGGAGGUUGGCCACCUAAUUCAAGUGGCUGCAGGGAGCAGCAACCUCAAGAGGGUGACCCUGGAGCUGGGGGGAAAGAGCCCCAACAUCAUCAUGUCGGAUGCUGACAUGGACUGGGCCGUGGAGCAGGCCCACUUCGCCCUGUUCUUCAACCAAGGCCAGUGCUGCUGCGCCGGCUCCCGGGUCUUCGUGCAGGAGGACGUGUACAGCGAGUUCCUGGAGCGCAGCGUCGCCCGCGCCAAGUCGCGGGUCGUUGGGAACCCCUUUGACAGCCAGACGGAGCAGGGGCCCCAGGUGGAUGAAGCUCAGUUUAAGAAGAUUCUUGGCUAUAUCCAGUCUGGGAAGCAGGAGGGUGCAAAGCUGCUGUGUGGUGGGGGGGCUGCUGCUGAUCGUGGCUACUUCAUCCAACCCACUGUGUUUGGAGAUGUGCAGGAUGGCAUGACCAUUGCAAAGGAGGAGAUCUUCGGGCCAGUAAUGCAGGUCCUGAAGUUCAAGACCAUAGAGGAGGUCGUCGGGAGGGCCAACAAUUCCAAGUAUGGGCUGGCUGCAGCUGUCUUCACAAAGGACUUGGACAAGGCCAAUUAUCUGUCCCAAGUCCUUCAGGCUGGCACUGUAUGGAUCAACUGCUAUGAUGUGUUUGGGGCCCAGUCCCCAUUCGGUGGCUACAAGAUGUCUGGGAAUGGCCGGGAGCUUGGAGAGUAUGGUCUGCAGGCAUACACUGAAGUGAAAACCGUCACUAUCAAGGUUCCUCAGAAGAACUCAUAA